AAGCUCAGGGUGAGAACCUCCAAUGGCGAGUGUCGUCGUCAUCGUCCUCUCUCAUCCUCCCCCGCCAUGGCGACCCACUUUCCCAUUUCACUUUCUCUCUCUAAAUCCACCUCCUUCCUUCUUCUUCCAUUCUCGCCGCUCCUUCUCCCCCGCCUACCGCCGUUGGGACUCCAAUGCGGAGACCGUUCGCUCCCAAAGAUUCGGUUUUGGUUUCAAACGAAAAUCCGACGAAGAAGAAGACGACGACGAUGAAUAUGAAGGAAAGGAUUAUUACAGAACUAAGGGGAAAAAGAGGCGGUGGUGGUCCGACGAUAUGGAUGACGGUUCUGGUGGGAUUCUCGAGGACGCCAUUGAUGCUUUCUGGAUUUUCAAGCAGGUUUUCAAGUCCUAUGGUUGGAUGCUUCCCGUCAUACUUAUAUCUUGGUUGUUGGCUACUGGCCCGAAAGCCUUUCUCAUGGCAUUAGCAAUCCCACUUGGUCAGUCAGCGCUGUCAUUCGCAUUCGAGAAGCUAUGGGGAGGGACGCAAAGUAGACCAAAGCGCAGACGCAGGGUGAGAAAGAAACAAUCUUUCGGCUCUGCAACUGAUCCAGAAAUUGAGGAAGAAGAAGGUGAUGAUGAAGGCCAGGAACCGGGCAAGGGAAAAAUGCGGUACCAAUCAUGGGUAGUUGGGAAUGAAGGCUCAGUUGAGAAGGGUGGCCAAAGAGCAGCCAGUUUCGGCGGAUGGGAUGAUCUCGAACGAGUUAAAUCAGCGGAAAGGCAAUCAAGAAGGAUGGGUGGAUCAGGCAGAACAGAAACCGAGAAGGGUAAGCUGAGUAGGAGAGAGAGGAAAAGUGACACACCUUUGUUGUUGAGGUUGUUAGUUGCCUUCUUCCCUUUUCUGGGAUCUUGGACUAAAAUGCUGUGGUGAGAAUAGCAAACAUAACUCGGAUGAUAAAAAUAAUUUGGAUUCAGUCUCUUGUGGAAUGGUCAAGUCACAGUACUGAGACGCCUUUUUCAACCGUCUGGUUGGCUUGACCCUUUUCUUGCUAGAUGUUGAUGGAGUGAUCAAGAAAUCACAAUUCACCUGGAGAAUCCAAGAUGUCAAGACUUAUUAAACUGGGAGGACUGGUUUUUUUUUUUUUUUUUUUUUUUUU